AACAGAAUUGCAAAAACAAAAGUGAGAUUAAGUUAAAAUAAAGUUUCAUUAUAAAACAUAAACUAAAAAAAAUAAAAAAAUGAAAAUUGAACGUUUAAAAAAAAGUCAUAAAACUAUGGCAUUCUAUAUAACAAAUUUCAAUUACCAUCAACCGUAUCAAGUUCUUGUGGAUGCUACCUUUUGUCAAGCAGCUCUAAAGAAUAAAGUUCAAAUAAAUGAUCAACUUAAAAAAUAUCUCCAAUCAGAAUUAAAACUCUUAACCACAUAUUGCUGUAUUUUAGAAGCUGAAAGCUUAGGAGCUUCCCUGAGUGGAGCUACUCAAAUAGUAAAAAAAUUCGCAGUGCAUAAAUGUGGUCAUGAGGGAAAGCCAGUACCAGCAUCAGAGUGCAUAUAUUCAAUGGUUAAAUCAAGUAAAUAUAUUAUAUCAACUCAGGACAGGGAUUUACAAGAAAAACUGCGACGUUUGGCUGGACAAGCUAUAAUAUACUUGCACAAAGCAACACCGGUAUUAGAACAGCCUUCAAAAGCAUCAAAAAAAUUUGUUAACAGAAUUAAAAUGAGAUCCCUUUUAUCUAAACAAACAGAACAGAAAAUCAAAGUUUUUAAAGAAAUUGAAGGUAUAAACAAGGAACUAAACGUAACAAAAAUUAUGAACAAAAAGAAAAAGCCAAGGGGGCCAAAUCCCUUAUCAUGUAAAAAAAAAACAAUUAAAAAAACCGGUCCAAGCAGGCCGAGUCGAAAAAAGAAAAAAAAGUGA